ACUGUAAGGUGAAUACAAGUACUGUUUCAGUAACGGGUAUCAUAUCUGUGUCAUAUCAUAUUCUGUCUAAUCCAGUAAUGGUUCUGCGUGUCAUUUCGUUGGCGUUUCUUUUUGUAAUUUCGUUUAAUGGAAUUAAUGGAACAAACGUCACAUUCUUUUCUUCAUCGGGCACCGUCAUCAAAGAAAUGACUAAAGCCUUUGAGAUUACAUGUGUCCUUGAUGUGACAGAGAACGAGAAUUUAACCAUUACAUCAAUAAACAUUACUAGAGGUUAUGAUGAAGAGAUUGCUUCUGUGUCUAAGAAUAGUCUUGCUAAAGUUUACAACGACUCAAACUCAAUCACAGCCACUGGGAAAAUCCAACAAAAUAAACAAGCUGAAAAAAGCUUUAUAAAGAUAAAGUGGUCUAAACCAAGCCUAAUCGAACCCGGCAUGUAUAUAUGCUCUGCAAAUUUUGAGAAUCAAUCAUUGGAAACAACGGCCCUAGAAAGUAGCAUUGACAUAGAUGUAAGAGACCCAAACCCAACGGAAAUUAUGUCAUAUAUUGUGGGGAUUGAGAAAGCAAUCGAAGAAAAUAAGAAAAGUAUCAGAAAUUUGUUUCAAGUAACUGAAAAUGCAAGAAUAAAUUUUGGAGCAUUAGAACGAAAUAUCAACAAUAAAAUGUAUGCACAGAGUGAAUUACUUACGCCACAUAUUGAAGAAGGAAUCAUCGAAUGCAACUCUCGUAUGUUUACCCGCACACCUGAUAAAUUGAAGGCACUAGUCGUAAGGGUGUAUUUCCGAAAGUCUUACAUGAAGAGUCCCAAAGUUUUUCUGGGCAUCACCACUUUAGAUAUGACGAGACAUUCCAACAUUCGGUACUAUGUAGCUGUCCAGCAGGUGUACACUCACGGCUUUGACUUUGUGUGUGGCUCGUGGGACGACUCUUGGGUUUACAAAAUGAAAACAUCCUGGAUUGCAUUUAAAUCCUAAAUAUGCAUUGUAAUAAAAUGCUGA